AUGGGAGCUAUCGUGUCGGUACUGGACCGUACCGCCGUCGCCAAUCUGACCGGUGCCUUGUCUAUUGCCGCCUGGCUUGGCGUCGUGUUUCCUCAAGUCGUCGCCAAUUAUCGCAACAAGUCUGUAGAAGGGCUCUCGUUGCCUUUUUUGCUGUCCUGGCUUGCUGGCGAUCUGACCAAUCUCGCCGGCUGUCUGCUCACCCAUCAGCUUCCCUUUCAGACAUGGCUUGCAUCGUACUUCUGCGUUGUCGACUUGUGCUUGAUGUCGCAAUACAUCUACUAUGCACGCCAGACUUCCACCUUUGACGAGAAGCUACUCUUCUCUGCGCCAAGCGAAGUAUAUCCAGAACACCGUCAUCUCCGUCGGAGGACGUCCAGCGAACGCGGUGCGCGGCUCGGUCACGGUAAACAGCGACCGAUCAUGCCCAAGCAUACCUAUUCUGGCAGUACCGUCACUUCUCCGCCAACGCAUGGCGAACCGUUAGACGCCUCUGUAGCUACACUCACUUCCAUCGUCUCGUAUGCAUCUACGCCUUCGGUCGAAGCGAACAGCAGAGGGAGACACGACUCGCGCGAUCAUGCUCUAUCUCACGCGCCAACUUCCCGAAGAGCUACCCACCUUGGGCAGUCCGCCGACGAAGCCAGUCCAGCCACGCUGCAAUCGACUCGGACGUUCUCCUCGCCCGCACAAGGCAGGAGAGCCCAGCGAGCGGUAUCUAAACAAAAAGCAAAAACGAUGGUCUUUCUGAGCGUAGCCGCCGUCCUGGGCUUGCGACAAUACAACGCGGGGCCUAGCGCGAGAAGUAUCAGCUAUGGGGAGGCUGCAUGGACACCGGCUCAAGGAUGGGUUGUGCGAAGCACAUCGCCGUCUUCGAAUUGGCUGGGCACGCGCCACAGAAAGCGCUCACUGGCGUUUCCGAGCACGAGCGAUGGGGAUGCUCCCGAUGAGGACCCUCAGCCUGCUCUUGAUACCCAAAGAAUCAUCGGCAGAGUGUCAGCAUGGGUCUGUGCUACACUAUACCUCACUUCGCGUUGUCCGCAGAUCUAUCAGAAUUAUCGGCGGCGGUCAGUUGAAGGUCUCGCAAUGCUUCUCUUCGUAGCCGCAUUCAUGGGCAAUCUGUUCUAUGUCAUCUCGAUCCUCGUCGAUCCGUCGACUGAUCUCAGGGAGAGUCUACCCUUCCUGAUUGGUUCGGGCGGCACACUCUGUUUCGAUGUGACUAUCGUCGCACAGUCUUACAUCUAUGACCCCAAUCGCAAGCCGAUGCGCAAACGGGCAGUCUCGAGGAGAUUGGCUAGCAGCGUAACAGAUCUGAGCCAGACCGUCGCUCAGGACGGGCCCCAUGACGAAGAAGCGGGUCUGCUCAGCAUGACAGAAGAUACCGACGAUGACUCGCACACUGACGACUGGCUACCGUUCGAAUAUGACGAUGACGCGCCGUCAACGCGAGGCAGACAACGGCAAGCUCGCACAGACGAUGCCAAACGCUGGACGGGUAUCAUGUCCAGUGCGUCCCGGGAGCGUGCAGCUUCGCAUCGCAGGCUCUCACAGGAGCGAUCAGCGAGUCUCGCAUCGAGCAUCUCAUCCCAGUCACACACGCAUACUAGACAAAACUCGCAAGAGUACAACGACAUUCCACAACUUGGUGGCGGCCGAUUGCCGUACAACAUUGCAGGAGCGAACAGCAGUCAGAGCAGGACGAGAGCCAUUCAUACGGCUCUGGGCGACUUCGAAGCUGGGUCGCCCAUACCAGAGCUGAGCGAGAGCGGCGUGACUCGCUUUGGCGGUAAUGGUACGCCCCGAGCAUAG